CAGAAUUUUUACCUACUUUUUAACUUCAUCUGUCAUCAUGUGAGCAGGUAAGCUAACGUCUCCUAACAUGAUCAGCUACAGCAGACUUCUGUGUUUUCUCACUAUCUGAGGCGUGUGGAGCUUUCGUUGUUUUGCUACUUUGCAUCUUGUUUUGAAUAAAUAUUGAAUAAAUAAAACGUAAUACUCUGAAACAAUGAUGUCAUGAGGUAGAAAUGCCCAGUGGGAAAAGGGGGCAUUUCGGAAGGCAUUCAACAGUGCUCCAUCAGCGAGGCACUCACUGUAAGUGGAAGUGAGUACAGAGCGGUUCAGUACCUCUGUCCUGGCUGGAAAGCGAAGUUCCUCUGGACUUUUUCUAUUCUUGGCGAUGUGGGGAAAUUCGUCCGCGAAAUGUCAGAUCAUCACUCACUUAAAAGGGCGCUCACAAGCGCAAGCCUCGCCAUUUAUCGGGGACACCAGUGCCAAGAUGAAGUUAUUUAUUUUCAGCAUCGUCUGUGUGCUUCUACAAGUCACUCGCCAAAAUCCCAUCAGCCACUGGCCUCUGCUACCUCACAUUUUGGUUGUGGAGGUGGACGGCACUAAGGGCCAGCUGCCCCUGAGCUGUCUGGAGACACCAGAGGAGCUUACGAGGAGAGACAGCAAGAGUCAGGAUAUUUUAUGGAUGAAGAACGGAGAGGAGACAGCUCAGAGAGGAAACUCGUACGUGGUGGAGCUGGAGGAGAGCUUAGGAGGGGCCAACUACACCUGCCACAGCGAGGACAGAUCACUCCUCAAUCACACCGUGGUUCUGAUCAAAGAGGACGACACUAAGAGGGGGAAGAUUCUUGUGAAGGCUGACCAAGAAGACUAUUUGAAGUGCUCGGCUCAAAAUUACGAGGGAGCGUUCCACUGCACUUGGACCUGGCACCGCCAUCGCGUUGGCAAAGUAGCAUUCAUCAAAGCUCGACGGUUUUCUGACGACAUUGACACUGAGUGUUCUGUAGACACCAGCGGUCGGAAUUGGGCAUGCUCCUCAGGUCAGAGCAAUUUUUUCUGUACGGUGGACGACAGCGGUAACAGGAUCUUGUGCACGGACAUGCAGCACUGCCCCUACGCUGAGGAGAGCGAGCCGAUCCUCAUCACUGUCUAUGUGAAGACGGAGCACUUCCUGGUGGAGAACUACUCCAAACAAUUUUUCCUGUCAGAUAUAGUGAAACCUGACAAGGUGAAGAUCAGUAAAGUCAACACUACAAUGAUAGAGUGGACUUACCCAAGCUCCUGGAGCAGUCCCUUCUCCUACUUCCCUCUCACUUUCCAGAUUGCUCUGUUCAAUCGGCCGUGUAAAAGCUGCGAUAACCCAUGCACUGACUCGAAGGCCACAAAGACCUUGACAGUCGACUUUGCAAACAUUUGUCAGUUUGAAGUCAAGCGCAAGACUAAGGCCGUCUGUGUCCGAGCUAAGGACGCUUUCUGCAACUCACCAUGGAGCGAGUGGACCCACUUUGGAUUGGAGAAGGACAAGAAGAGCAAACAUCAGCGAAACAGAAAAAGAGCGUGAGAGAAGAGAGAGUCACAAACCUGGACAUUGGAAAUAACGUUAUAUUUAUUUAUAUGGUUUUAUAUAUAUAUUUCUAUUUAUCGUGGCUUAUGUCAUGGUGUGUAAUAUGUAUCUAAUCUUAAUGAUAAGUCCAAUGAAAUUCAACAGUCUUUUUGUUUCAUGUGUAAUGCAGAACACCAUGACAUUUGAUCUUCAUUUCUUUCACAACAACCAUUGUGACCAUUGAAUCAUUGAGCAGGAACUUUGUCAAAGUCUGUCUUGUAGUCUUGGGAAUUGGGAGUCUGUGGGAAUUUUGAAAAAUAUUUUCAUGUUACCUUCAACACAGCCUGUGAUACACACUCCUAACACCUCACCUCUUACCUUAGAGAACAGAAACCUUAAUGAUUGGUCCUAUUUGACCAGUAAACAGUAGGUUGAAAUGUCAUCAGCUGCUCUGAGUGUUUUUGGCUUUUCCCCCCGACCUAAAGGUGAGAGCGUGGCAUUUUGGUGGAAACCCUCUUGCUCACACUGGAACAAAUCACAGGACUGUUGUCAAGCUUUAUGUCUGCUCUGUGGAUGAAGACAUGUGGUAUUUCCUCCGUUACGCACCAAGAAACACAUGUUAUUUUUGUGUUGUGUUCUUCUCACAUCUCUUUAUUUUUCUCUUUGUCCUUCUCCUGGGUGUAACUGUGUAUUCCUCUGCAAAUAAGGGUUGUGAACAACUGCAAUUUUCUAUGAAAUCAUCUGAAAAAAGAAAAACUGUGUUUUCUGUUCAAUUACAGCCUAUAUGCUUUAGUAAAGGAGGUAAAUAAAGUAGGCAGUACAGUAAUAUUAAUCUCACUGCCAGGCAUCGACCUCUAAACCACAAAAGUGGUUGCUCUGGUUAUUAUUACUGAACGGGACCCGUCACUACUGACAUCCCAAAUACGGGUGACUUUCCCUCUGACAGGAGAGGAAGUGUCUUGAGUUACUCAGCCUCAUGAGAAAAACUGUGAUUAACCGCAGUCCAGCAACAGCAUGAUGGUGUUUAAAUCCAGUUAUUGUGACCAGUGCAUCACAGUGAGGAGGACAGGGUUCGUCUACGGCGGUCUUACGCAGCGCUUGUGAAGAAAUGUCAGUUUGUGUACCCCCCUCACAGGUUGUGGCCUUAAAGUAUUACAGUAUCUCAGCUUUUGCAAGUGAAAGGGAAAAUGCUGUGGUAAAUCUAGCUGAAUGUGACAUAAUGUAACAGCAAUAUUGUUUUUACUGUAAAUCCCAUCAUUAUCAACUUGUGAUCCUUCACUUUCGCAUAAGAGAAUAUAAAAAAGUACACAUUUUUGGUACUUUUCCUUUUUGUUUUCAUUCUAUCCUACUUUAAACUUAUACUCCAUUACAUUUCAAAGGAAAAUAUUGUACCUUAUUGUCGUUCACUUAGUAGUUUCUUCUCUGAUUAAUGAAGUGAAAUAUAUAAUCAGUUUAUAAGAUACGCGUCAUAGAUUAGACUACCAAACAGCAUAAGAUGCUAAAACUAGCUUUACUCUCAGGGCAUUUAAAUGCUGCUUAUAUCUACACUUCAAUAAACCAUAACAAUAUCACAAUGAUAUAAACUGUAUGUUAUUCGGCCAAUUUUUCUUAAUGAGUACAUUUUAAUGCCAUUAAUUUUGUACUUUUAAUAGAGUAAGAUUUGAAUGCAGGCCUUUUAAUUUGCAUAUUCUUUUCAUGCAAAUACUGACACUGUGGGAUGGCUGCUGGCCGGACCUACAAACCCAAAGACUCAGUUAUCGAGACUCAAAAAUUCAAAUUUGUUACAAAUUGGACCUUUAAAGAAGUCAACUCAGUUCUCCUUCCAUUAGGGUCCCAGUCCCCAUGUUGGUGAUUGACUGAGUGCACACAGUUAAUGUGGAUUUAGUGUCUGAACUAACAAAAUACCACAAAUGAUGACAGUGCUUUAUCAAACAGCAUUCUGUAUUCUUUCCAAAACAUAUGCAUUUACAGAAGGUUGUGUCAUUCAGUGUAUAGAGGAAAUGUACCAGGCACAAAUAUGGAGCGUCAAAUUUAACCUUUGAGAAAAGGUCAUGGCUUUAUACACAGCUAAUCAGUGAAAACAAAUAAGUGAGUAAGUAUUUUUUCAUGUGAACUAAUCAACCUUCAGAGAAAGAAAAUAAGAUGCAAAAAACUUAAAAUGCUAGUUGUGAGUGAAGUGGAUACACAGAUUAAUUUGCAAGUGAAAUUCCACAUCACAUGUAAGAAAAACCCAAACAAACACCUACACAAUAGUAAGUCAUUCCUUUCAGUAAUGGUCUGAAACUUGUCUGGUCAGGAGUUUGUAAUGUGCCUUGACUUCCCUCUCAUGAAAAGCAGAAGAGUUAAAGAGAUAGAAGCACUUUCAGGGGCCAACACGCCAUAUAUAUUAAACCUGACUCACCUGACCUUUGAUUAUUUGGAGUUUAUGUUACAUUGGGCACUUGGCGUAGUUUUUGGGAAAUGUUGCUCCUUUUGUCUUUGCAUUUCCCCACCAUUUGAAAAGUCAAAGGUAAGAACAAUGAGAUUGACUGUAACUAGAGGGAUGCGUGCUGUGUGGCACCGCUCACAGUGACAUUUCUCAGUGAAGGUUAAUUCGGCUACAUGUUGGCUUCUAAUAUUAAACAAUUAAAACAUGUAUUGAUGGGUUCAAAGCAGGGCUAAUCAUGUUGUUAUCAUAGAUUGAUUUGUCAGUUUUUUGCUUAAUAAAAUCGAUUAAACAUCUUGACCAAAGUGUGUCAGAAAAUUGUUUUGAGAAAUGCCCGGUCCAGUCCCAAAAAAGAUGAGAAGCCGUUGUGUAGAUAAACUGGGGAAACUGAGAUACAGUGGACAGUGAUUGAGAUGGUUCAUUGUACAUUAUGAGUAAUGGUGAGUCAGACUUCACCCUGUCACCAGUCUCACUAUUAUGAUGUAUGGAAUGCCACAUAUGGCAUAGUUUCACUGGAACCAGCAACAGUAUGUCUGGGGUGAAUAGAGGUCAAAGGGUACAAGUGAAAUCAGAGUGUUUUGACUGUUUUUACGCAGCCAUCCAUGCACUGCACGUUCAGCACGACCACAACGUGUCAUUAUAAAUGUAAACAUAAAUUAUUGAGUCUAGGCUUCAUUGGUUUGAAUUUUUACAGUUUGUUUAGUCUAACCCUAACCCUAACAAACCAAAACAAUGAGGGAUUUUCAGUAGUCACAGUCAAGUCACAGGCCUCUCAGAACACUUAAACCCAGUAUAUCUAUUUUUAAAAAAGCAUGGAAUACAUGAGUCGACUGUGACACAUCUUUUUCCAACAGUAAACCCCUUCCGUAAAUCUGAUCUGUCUCAGCAGAAG